GCACUGGAGCUGGAGCUGAUGAGCCACGCGAGUAAUUCCAGAGCUGCUCGUCCACUGCCCCGCCAUCAGUGUAUAGCGCCCACCUCACGAGGGGACUCAGCAGACCACGAAACACUCAUCCGCUCGCUUUCAGUUGUCCCUUCGCCGUCACGAUCUGUAAUCACAGUCGCCAUUCCCAAGCACAAACAAGACCAUCGCCAUGGCCAAGAUUCCCCGCAACUUUCGCCUCUUGGAGGAGCUCGAGAAGGGCGAGAAGGGUCUCGGCGCGGAGGCAUGCAGCUACGGUCUCGAGGACUCUGAGGAUCUCCUCAUGAGUAACUGGAACGGCACGAUCCUUGGUCCCCCCCACAGCGUCCACGAGAACCGCAUCUACUCUCUCAAGAUGCACUGCGGCGACGCGUACCCCGACCAGCCGCCCACCAUCCAGUUCAUCUCCCAGAUCAACCUCCCCGCCGUGAACCCGCGUAACGGCGUCGUCGACCCCAAGAUGCUGCCCUGUCUGGCGCAGUGGAAGCGGGAGAAUACCAUGGAGACGAUCCUGAUCGAGCUGAGGCGGUACAUGGCGGCCCCGGCGAACAAGAAGCUCCAACAACCCCCCGAGGGCUCGACGUACGAAUGAUAGGGGGGGGGGCUUGGUGUAGCACAUUGUUUACGACGGCAUGCGUUCAUGACUUGGGGGAGCGGAAUUACAAGUUAGGUCCCGACAUUGGCAGAGGGGGGAUGAAUUGGAAGCACAUGACUGCGCGUGGUAUCAACUGAUCAUCCAGUUCAUUCUGCAUGAUCGAUUACACCUAGUACAUGGUACGUGGAUUAAAUAGUAAAUAUCAUGUCCCGCCAGUGGGAACUGUCCCAACCCUCCCC